CAACAACAAAUUUUAUUUAAACGAAUUCGUCCGCGAAAUCGAAAUCAUAGAUCUAAUGGACAAAAAAUCCGACACCGCGUGGAUAAACGCGGUCAACAUAGUCGGCGAGACGCCGGUUCACAUUGCAGCGAGAAGACGAAUCCUUGACUUGUUCGAAUACAUGUUACCUUAUUGCAACGACAUCGAAGCAUGCGAUGAUCAAGGAAACACAGUUCUCCACCAAUUGGUUGACAGCGACGCCGAGAGCGACGAAGAACACAAGCAAAAGCGCAUUGACUUAUUACGCAUUGUAAUAUCCAAAGGAGCAGACGUUAACAAACGGAACAGACGUGGAUCGACCUCUGUCCAUCUCGCAGCUAAGCAUUGUCACAUCGAGGUAUUGAGAGUUUUGAAGCGAAACGGAGCUGAGUUAGGUUUGCGUAAUGGCGAUGGCGAGUCAGCCCUACUACUCGCUUGCAAACAUAUGUUCAAAUUACGUGGCACUCCAGCCGAAAUGGAUAUUAUAGAUUUUCUGAUGAGUGACGCUUGUGACGUUAAUGCUGUGGAUUACGAAGGUUUCUCAGCGCUGCAUUAUGCAGUACAAUGGUGUAGUGGCAAAACUGUUAUAAAGCUAAUAGAAGCCGGUGCUGAUGUCCAUUGCCGUACUAAAGAACGACAAUUCACACCGUUACACUUGGCUGCUAAAAGAAGAAAUCCAAACAAAUUGAAUAUCCUUGUACAAUCUGCCGCAAAUGUAAAUUCUGAGGACAUCGAUAAAUUGACUCCGCUACAUUUAGCUUUGCUCGAGGGUACUGCGGAAGUAGUCGAACGUUUAAUUAAAUAUGGCUCCAACCUCGGUUACCCAGAUGCGAUCCUGCAAUUUACGCCUUUGCAUGUAGCCGUGUAUCAACAACGCGACGACUUAGUUAAAUUGUUGAUCGACGGAGGAGCUAACGUGAAUAGCUCGGGUGUAGAUGGCUCAACUCCUUUACAUUUGUCCUCGGUGUUGGGUAACUUGGCAUUUACGAAAAUUCUGAUUGAUCACGGCGCAGACGUCAAUGCACGCGACAAGAAUGACUUGACUCCUUUGCAUUUGGCAAUUAGGCGAUGCUACGACUUAGAUCAACUUUUACAUGAUCUCAGAGGAACGAAAGCUGUAAUACGCAGUAAAAAGGACAAUUUAAUUGUGAAAUUACUAACUUGCGAACAUGCACCGACCGAUGAAGAUUACGAAGCUGUUGUAAAUUUGCUGAUUGAUAAUGGUGCUGAUGUUAAUGUGAUGACAAAACUCGGUGAGAAUUUGGUCUAUAUGGCAGUAGAAGCAAACAACAUCAAUCUUGUAAAGAUGUUGCUGGAAAUCGGAGUGGAUGUCAAUUGCAAAUCAUUGGUCUCAGAAUUCACACCUUUGCAUUUGGCCGCUUAUAAUAGUUAUAAGGCCGUAGCUGAACUUUUGAUGAACGCUGGAGCUGAUGUGAAUGCUCUGACCAAAAACGGUAAAAAUCCUUUGCAUCUAACGGUCGAAUCUAAUUGCGGAGAGAUUCAUGGGCCACUUAACGAGCAAGCAAAUCUUUUGGGAUUUACACCUUUAGCUUCGAGUAAAAAUUACAAAAAUGUCGUUGAAAUUCUAAUCAAUGCAGGAGCUAUUGAAAAUACUAUUACUCUGGAUGGUAGGAGUCUUGUGCAUUCCGUUCUGGAAUCGAAUUGUAAGGAAGUUUUGCUGUUACUGGCGAGUCGUGGUGCUAAAUUGCAUUGUAACGGAAAGAGAUGUUUGUACACACUUUUGUACAUCGUCGUAGAGAAUAGUGUUCAGGAUAUCAACAACAAAUUUCAAGAUUUGGAGAAAACGCCACUACUUGUGGCAAUAGAUCGAUUACAGAACGCAGAAGUCAAGAAAGCACUUUUGUCGCUGUGUGCUCUUGUGAACGCGGGUAAUCAAAAUGAUUGCAUGACUGUCAAUAAUAACAUUACACAUAAUUUUAUGUACAACUUAAAGUGCCUUUUAGCGGUUGGUUUCGACAUUAAUGAUUAUGACGUGUUUGUUAAACUUAUUUUUGGCUACCCAAGGAAUGACGGUUUUGCACCAUUCGAUACUUGUCCUGUAAUGUCGACUGUGAAACCAUUUUCAGAUGAUUACCGUACUAAAACAUCGCAUGGAUUGUUAGGAUUGAUUGCGGAUCUUAGAUCACAAAGUAAUGAGUACCGUCAGGAAGUUGAAAAUUUGAAGAAAUAUUUUAUCAACGACGAUGUUACACUAUACGAUUUACUUCAUAUGAAGUUUAAGAGAAGACGUUUGUAUACUGAUUAUUUGAACCUUUCUGAAAUAAUGUCAAAAUUUCCAAUUUACUAUGAACUAAUAUUGGCUCGCUAUCGAGAAGCUGAUAUUAGAAAAAUAUUGCUAGAAGUAACUCAGAUGGCAUUACGUCAACUUAUAGACGUAGAUUUUCCUAUUGUUUGUAUCGAAACAAUUUUUUCCAACGUAGAAAUAAUUAACAUGAUAGCAACAAUCGAAGCUGCUGAAUUAAUUUAUUAAUGUUAGUGUUUUUUGAAAUUUUAAUUGAUUAAACCAUGAUAAAUUGAUAUAUAUUUCUAAAUAAAUUACAGUUAGUAGUAUUUUUAAAAAUGGAAAAUUUUGUUGAAAGUAAUCAAGCAGUCAGAAGUUAACUUCAAAAUACUGGCGUUCGCUGAAAUUUAAAAAUAGUUAUAUUUCGUUGUUUAAAUAUAUUUUUUUAAUUUAGUCAAUGUUUGUAUACAAUUACGUAGGGUAGUGACAAAAUAAAUGUUGAAUAUAUCAACGCCGCGGAAGAAACGUAAAAAUAAUAAAUAAAAAAUAGAAUGAAAAAAAUACUAAUUAACAGAAUGUCAAAAACUAGACUUUACCAUAAAUGUAUUAUUAAAUAUUAUUGUAUAUAAUCCAACCCCCAAUUAGAAUUCGUAGAACGAUGUUCAAUUUUGAAUUUGUCUGUAUCUAUAUAUUUUACUCUAUAAUAUAUCAUUGUUAAUGAACUGUUUCAUAUGAAAAUAAAAUUAAAUAUUAAGUUUCUAGAAAUUGAAAAUACAUCGCAAGAUUGUUAGUUCCCAGAUGUUUAACUAUUUAAUUUUUGAUGAAUCUAUUUUAUUUCCAUUUUCGGUCCUGAAACUUUCUACAUAGCAUUGAUUUUCUCUCAGGCAACAAAUAUUUACAAGUCUUGCUUAAUUUCUUUGUAGUUCUUUAAGGUCAAUUAUGUGUGAUUGACUUAGAUAGAUAGCUUAAUAUGCUUAUGUGAUAUAGUAUGUCAUGCAAGUAUAUAAGUCCCAGUUGACAAGUUUCAACGGUCGAUAUGUACUUUAAUAUGUAUACAUGAGAUGUAUAGUUUUACAAUUUUUCAUGAAAUCUCUGUCAAUUAUUUUUC